AUGUUUUACGACCUGAACAUCCCGUAUGUCGCCAACGAUGCACAUCUACCCAGGACAUUGGCUUUUCUGAGCGAGCUGGGCUACGGUGUCGUUGCGCUCAACCAUAGCAUAGUUGGCAAGUUGCCGGCACAGAUUUCAUGCGCCAUACCUAGCCCGCUCCCACAAAAGGACAUCCCAUGCAAACUCGAGAUCCGGCGCCGCGUCACGCUGACAUUGACCGAAUCCUACCAAAAUGCUCGCCUCGCCGAGUUGGCAAAAGCCUACGACAUUCUCGCGGUCCGUCCAACCGACGAACGCACACUUCAGCUUGCCUGCAGCAGUCUAGACUGCGACAUCAUCUCCCUCGACCUCAGUCAGAGACUCGGAUACUACUUCAAGUUCAAGAUGCUCUCUGAAGCGAUCAAAAGCGGGAAGCGAUUCGAAAUAUGCUAUAGCCAAGGCCUGAUGGGUGAUAGCAGUGCACGGAGGAAUCUGAUCAGCAAUGCUACACAGUUGAUUCGCGCUAGUCGAGGACGAGGCUUGAUUAUCAGCUCCGAGGCGAAGGCGGCAGUAGGAUGUAGAGGCCCUUGGGAUGCGGUCAAUCUUGCUACUGUGUGGGGUCUGUCGCAGGAGAGAGGGUUUGAGGCUGUGAGUAAGGAGGCGAGGAGUGUGAUUGUCACGGCGCAGUUGAAAAGGACCGGGUAUAGAGGCGUUAUUGAUGUUGUUUAUGGUGGGGAGAAGCUUGAGGUUGUGGAGGAAUUGAAGCAGGGUAAGGAGGGUGGGAAGCAGGGCAAGGAGGGCGGAAAGGCGAAGCAGAAUCAGGCGGCUGUUAAUGGGCAGAAGCGCAAGGCGGAGGGAGAUGCCGAUGGCGGCGCAGAGACGGCUGGACAGCCGAUCAGCAAGCGUGAGGCGAAGAGGAGAGCGAAGAAGGCUCGCAUGGGUGGCGAGGAGACCGAUCAGGCUGCUCAAAUUCCUGCUACGGGAGCUGUGCCUGCCAAAAAUGGCGAGCACGGGUGA